UUCUUUGCAAAUCUUUGAAACGGCGCCGUUUUUUUUUUCUUCAAAAAGAAAACCCAGCGCAUAACACCCCUACCCCCAACCCUUUUUCACUCUCUCGCACCCAGCAGAAAACCCUAAUCUUCUCUUCGAAUACGAAGAACAGCCACCAUCCUUCUCUCCCUUCUCUCUCUGUCGCCCUCUCUGUCCGAGCUCUCUCUGUCGCUGCUCCUCGCCGUGGGUAGUCGCCGCUUCUCUGCUCCUCGCCGUGGGUCGUCGCCGCUUUUCCCCUCCUCCCCGUGCGUCGUUUCUGCUUCUCCCCUCAUCGCCGGCGUGGAGUCUCUAGUCUCUGCUUCAACCCUCUCAGGUCUCAGGUCUCAGCUCGAGUCAGAGACAUGGACGAGAUUAAUCGAUGGGCAGACAUCGAUGAAAAUUUGUUGAAAGAAAUUUCAAAACGGUUCCAUGCCUACGAUGAUUACAUCCAACUUCGAUUGGUUUGCAAAGAGUGGAGCUUGAAACUUCCAAAGAUUCCCAAUGGAAACAAAAUUCCGUGGUUAUUGUUACCUGACGAAACUGUCAAGAAUCAUUCAUACGAAGACGAGGAGAUUUAUCAUCUCAUGCAAUUAGCUGCUGCAGAUGAUGAAACUCUUGAUACUUGCGCCCUUGAAGAGAAAGAUAUUUACCAUGUCAAGCUGCCAGAGAUGCAGUCGGACAACAAGUUCAUCCGCGGUUCUGGUCAUGGAUGGUUUAUUGUCCAAUCCAUAUCUGAUGGCACUAUGCAAAUGUUAAAUCCAUUUACAAAUCGUAGAUCGUAUCUUCCUCCAGUCUCAGCUUUUCCCGAUAUAAUUGAUUACCAGCCUGAUAAUCAUGGGGAUGAAUACACACUGUGGGAUUUUCGUGACAUUAGGAGCACCAUGGAAAGAGAUUUAGUGCAUAGACGCCAUGUUUAUAAGGUUAUUAUAAACUCAUCUCCUGAGCAUGACAUUGAAAAUUUUAUGGCGGUAGUGAUAUUCGGACCUAACCGGAGACUGGCCUUUUACAAGCCUGGCAAUAUGAGAUGGGUAGAAUUUCCGACAAGAGAUAAGAGGUUUGAUGAUGUAAUAUUUUUCCAAGAAAAGAUAUAUGCCAUAAACAAUUACGGGCAGCUAUAUGAAUUUGAUACAAAGACAAGAGCAGGGCUCAAGGGAGGAAUCCAUGAAACCAGACCUCCAUCUAAAAUUUUCUUAAGCCCUCUCAGGCAUAAAUAUCUUAUUGGGUGCCCCAAUGGAAGCUUAUUGAUGUUGGUAAGACAUAUAGAGAAAAAAGGCAAAGAAUUUGAAACUUCUAAAUUCGAUAUCUAUGAGUUAAAAAGAAACAGGAAAAAAUGGUCAACAUUAGAUAAUUUAGGUAAUUAUAUACUAGUGAUUGGAUUUAAUUCUUCUGUUCAAAUUCCUGUGCCUUAUCUAAGCAAAGGAAAUCAGAUUUGGUUUACGGAUAACCUAUCAUUAUAUUACGGUCCUGUUGCUCAAGAUAUCGGCAUCUUUGACUUGGACCAUGGAAGUUUCCAGAGAGUAUUGUUAGCGGUGAAGUUCCUUUGUCCUCCUGUUUGGUUGUUGCCCUAAUUCAUACUCUUUAAGCUUUUGUCUUUGUACUUUAAUCUUGUCAAAUUUCAAGUCUCUUAAUUUAUUUAGACGAUUUGUUAUAUAUCCUUGAAUAUUAGGUCUUCAAAUUCUAACUGUACCAUUCUCCAUGUAUGUUGAAUAUAUGUUUUCAAAUUAUUAUUAAAGCACUAGUUUGUGCGUUAUUCAGAUUUAGAUUUAAUUUAGAGAAUUAUUAGAGGGCGAGUAUAAUUUUAUUAAUUUUAGCCAACAUUUGUAAUGAAAUGAAAAUGCCGGACUUGGUUAAUCUGGUGUAUAACUUUUUUGAGGGAUGCUAGAGUGAGAGAUUCAACAUUUAUUGUUUUAAAAAACUCUCAUGUCUUGUAUUUUAAUAAAUGUCCUUUCAAAAUUCAUUUGGUAUAUGUCAAACCAGAUGAUGUGAGGAGUUAUUUUUAUGGAAUAUCAAAUAAGGGGUUGUAUGUACCAUUACAAGUCUCAUGAACCGAGAUAUUAAGUGUGUGUGAUAUUAAGUGUGUGUUUGGAUUAUAGUUUACACUUAG